CUCUCUCUCUCUCACACACACACACACACACACACUCACUCACUCACUCCGCAUGCCCAUUGUGAGUGUUUGGGGUUUGUCCGAAUGCGGAAGUUGCCGCCCAGCGAACGCACUGAUAGCGAGAAGAUGAUGCUCCCGAUGACAGCAGGCGCAGCGCCGCGCUCCUGCACUGUGGCCUGAAAACCCUGCGAGUCUUCCCGCAGUCCCGCUCCCCGAUGGCCGCGCAGCAUGACCGCCGCGCGUUCGCACUCAAAAUCAACAGGCACUCAUCUGCUGAAAUCCGCAAGCACUUCGGUGGGCUCAACCAUGGCCCUGCUCAGAGCGGCCUGCACCACCGCCACAGCUCCAGCGCCUCUGGAUCUGUCUACUUUAACGUUCCUCAGACGUAUGACGCAGUGGAGCCGUUGGACGUGGAGGAAUUUCUGAUGACACAGCUGCGCAGUGGAGAUGUCGAGCUCAUGCAGGAGCUGGGCGAAUUCCCUGAUGAUGACCUGGAGGUGGAUUUAUUGGACAGGGAAUGUCGAACCGCCUACCACUCUGUCCCAGAGGACGGGGUGGAAUUAGAGCCCCAUGUGAGAGACUGUGUGCAAAGUUACACUCAGCCUUGGCUAGUGGUCAACAGAAGAUGCCAGGGGGAUGGAUGGAGCGCAUACUCUGAGAGGACAGGCUUUCACAAACUACUUCAGAGGCAAACGUUCGAGUCUGAUGUCCAACCGGAAAAACAGGAGCAACCGGUGAAGUCUCCGUCUUUGGCAGUGUUAUGCGAUGAUGACAGUGCUCGCACUCUCACCUCCUCUGAUUUCGACCUCAGGGGGCUUCAGCCAGACCCUCACCUUGACAACCUUCUACAGUUCAGUAACUUUGAGGACCUCGACCGCAUUAACCUUGAAGCCAGACAAAACAACCGCCAUCCUGAACUUUUUGCCCUCUAUCCACCUACUGAUGAGGAAGAUGCAGUGGAAAUCCGUCCUAUUCCUGAGUCUCCGAAGGAGCACAUGGGCCUCAGGAUCCUAGUGCGAUGCCAGAGCAUCAAGUUUGAAAUUGAGAUCGAGCCUAUUUUUGCCACCAUGGCCUUGUAUGACCUGAAAGAAAAGAAAAAGAUUUCAGAGAACUUCCACUGUGAUCUAAACACAGAUCAAAUGAAAGCCCUUCUGCGCUCCCACACCCCUCGUAUGGACUCCUCUACACUGGCAAGGGCUGCCAUUUUCUCCAUCUCCUACCCUUCUCCAGACAUCUACCUGGUUGUUAAGUUAGAGAAAGUCCUGCAGCAGGGGGAGAUUGGAGAUUGUGCAGAACCGUAUGUAGGAAUGACAGACAAUGCCAAGAACAAAGACAAGCUGGAGAAGCUUCGAAACCAAGCAGAGAACUUCUGUCAGAGGUUGGGUCAGUACCGGAUGCCCUUCGCCUUUGGUACGGUCAACAUCAUGAAUGUGAUCAGCACAGCCACACUGGAUCGAGACACAGCCGACACAGAUAGCAUCAAUGGCAAGAACAAUAUGGAUAAGAAGGCCUACCUGCCCAGACGCAAUUCAGAGAGGUUCACCACCCUGGAGGACCAGUCCAACCUGUCCAGCUUUAAACCCGCUGUCAUAACCAUUCAGACCCUGUUCAAACAGGAAGGGGAGCGUCUCAGUGAUGAAGAUUUAUUUAAGUUUCUGGCUGAUGUCAAAAGGACAUCCACGCUUCAGCGACGGGUCAAGAUAAUACCAGGCUUUCUGAGGCUAGAGUUGACCCCAGUGCCAGAUACAGUGAUACCGUGUCUGUCUCCUGAGCUCAUCCCCAUUAAACCUGUAUCCGAGAAAAUCUUGCGACCUGUCAAAGAGCUGCUCGAGUUUCCGUCCAACGAUGUCUACGUCCCUCACUGCAUAUACAGAAACCUGCUGUUUGUAUAUCCUCAGAGGCUCAACUUUGGCAAUCGAGCGUUGGCAUCUGCCAGGAACAUUACCAUAAAGAUCCAGUUCAUGCAUGGAGAUGAUCCACUCCCUGUUAUAUUCGGGAAAUCAAGUGGUUUAGAGUUUCUGUCUGAGAUCUACACCCCAGUUACAUACCAUAACAAAUCUCCAGAUUUUUAUGAAGAAGUGAAGAUCCGUCUUCCGGCUCGCCUGACUGAGAAACACCACCUGCUCUUCACCUUCUUCCACAUCAGCUGCCAGCAGAAACAGAACCAGAGCGGCAGCUUGGAGAGUCUCAUCGGAUACUCUUGGUUACCCAUGCUCAAUAAUGAGAGGCUGCAGAUGGGAGCUUUCUGUUUGCCCAUUGUUCUUGAACGUCUUCCCGUGAACUACUCUUUACACUCUCCUGAGAAAUUACCAACCCAGGUUCCACCAGUCAAGUGGAUUGAUGGCCAUAAAGGAAUUUUUAGUUUGGAAAUUCAAGCUGUAUCUUCAGUUCAUACACAGGAGAGUCACCUGGAGCGCUUCUUCACUCUGUGCCAUGCUCUGGAGGGGAAGGCUACAUUCCCUAUCCGCGUAGGGGACGACAAAGUGCCAGAAAACAAGCUGGAGCAUGAGCUAAAGCUCAGCAUCAUAUCUCUGUCCUCUUCCAAACUGGAGCAACUUGUUCUCUUUCUCCACCUGGUCCUGGACAAGCUGUUCCGCCUCAUCAUGCAGCCCAUGGUCAUCGCUGGCCAGACCGCGAAUCUGGCACAGAUAGCGUUUGAAUCAGUGGUGUCCGUAGUAAACAGCCUUCAUAACAGCCAGGAACUGGCCAAAGACCACCAAGGCAGGAACUGUCUCCUAGCAACCUACCUUUACUAUGUGUUCCGGUUGCCAGACACUCAACUGGAAGUCAUUAACGCAGGUGCACUGGUACAGGAGAGCAGGUACAGCACUAUGGGCCGAGCCACAGCCACAACUGUAGGCAACAUGCUGCUCAGUUCUCGCAUCCGCUCUAGCAGCAACCCCGACCUUUCUGCUCAACAGAGCUCAGAGGACGCUGAGGUCAAGAGCAUACUGGUUGAGAAGGGUUUGAAUCAUCCCGGCAGCAGGAUGUCCACUUUUAUUGAUGUCACCAAUCGCUCUCAAAUUACCGCCGGUAGCAUGCGGCUCUCAAACAGAAAGCAAUUUCAUGAAGAAUUGGCUCUACAAAUGGUGGUGAGCACUGGCGUCUGCAGAGAGAACGUCUAUAAAUACGCCUGGUUCUUCUUCGAGCUGCUGGUGAAAAGCAUGGCUCAGCACAUCUCUCAAAUGGACAAGCAGGCAGUGCCUCGCAAAAAUCGUUUCUCCGACCGUUUCAAGGAUGACAUCACCACCAUCGUCAACGUGGUGACUGCUGAAAUCGGCACUAUCCUGGUGAAACAGCAGAAGGAACAGGAGCAGGCUGAAAAGGUGAACAUUAGUCUGGCGUUUUUCAUUUAUGACCUGAUGUCUCUUAUGGACAGAGGCUUUGUCUUUAGCCUUGUCAAGAACUACUGCAACCAGAUGUCAGCGAAGAGUGUGUCCAUGUCCACUCUGAUCACCCUGAGACUGGAGUUUUUGAGAGUGCUCUGCAGUCAUGAGCACUACCUGAACCUGAGCCUGUACUUCAGUAGCUCUGCUUCUGCUCCCACGUCCCCUUCUCCAUCGGUCACUUCGCAGACCUCAAGUUCAUGCAGUUUUCUAGACCAGAGGAUUGUAGCCAUGUUUGAUUUGACUCAGGAGUUUAAACAGCAGCACUAUUUGACUGGCCUGCUGCUGACUGAACUCAGUGCGGCUCUCGAUAUGGAAUCAGAAGGGAGUAAGGUGCAGCGCAAGGCCAUAAAUGCCACAUACAGCCUACUGUGUGCUCAUGAUUUGGACCCUCGGUGCUCACGGUUAGAAGUCAGGACUAAGAUUGCUGCUCUUUACCUCCCCCUGGUGGGGAUCAUCAUCGACUCCCUCAACUACAUCGACUUUACAGUUUCGGAUGCACGUGGCAGCAAGACCAAGUCCAGCGGGCCAGAAGACGAUUUUGAUAAUGUCCCUCCUAUCAAUCAAUCUGUUGCCAUGGCAAUUGCAGGCAACCCGUUCAACACCUUGGCGAGAAACGCACUGGUGUCCAUGGCCUCUGUGUCAGGUAGAAGCUGUAGCACUCUCUCUGCAGACACCAGCCGUAAUCUGCUGGUGUGUUUCCUGUGGAUCAUGAAGAAUUCCGACCAGAGCUUAAUCCAGCGUUGGAUAUUAGACAUAUCACCCUCUCAGCUCAGUCGCCUCCUCGAGCUCCUCACCAUCUGCACCUCCUGUUUUGACUACAGGGGGAAACAAAGCUCAGAUAAAGUGAGUGUGCAGGCCCUACAGAAGUCUCAGCAGGCUAAAGCUCGUCUGGAAGAGGCACUAAUAGGAGGCCUGGGAGCGAGAGGAGAGAUGAUGAAGAGGGUGGGAGCUAAUGACCGGACUCUGGGCCAGAGAGAGAACCUGCGCUGGAGGAAAGACCUCACACAGUGGCGCCAGACCAACGACAGACAGGACAAAUCUAAAGCAGAAUUGGACCAGGAAGCCAUAAUCAGUGGGAAUCUGGCUACUGAGGCCAACCUUAUAGUCUUGGACCUGCUGGAGAUCAUUGUGCAGACUGUACCACUAGCAGACUAUAAGGAUAGUGCUGUUGGUGGAGUUCUGAGAGUUUUGCUGCACUCACUAACAUGCAACCAGAGCACCACGUAUCUCUCACACUGCUUUAGCACAAUCCGAGCUCUCGUUGUGAAGUUUGGGGACAUGUUGUUCGAGGAGGAGGCCGAGCAGUGUGCAGAUCUGUGCCAGAAAGUGCUUCAGUACUGCAGCAGCUGUGUGGACAGCAACAGGAGUCAGGCUUGUGCUACACUCUACCUCAUCAUGAGAUACAGCUUUAAUUCUGCGAGCAAUUUCUCUAGAGUGAAGAUGCAGGUGACCAUGUCGUUGGCGUCUCUAGUAGGAAAGUCCUCAGAUGUGCACGAGGAGUAUCUGCGCCGCUCUUUCCGCACCAUUCUAGCCUACGCAGAAGAAGAUACAGAGAUGCAAUCUACACAGCUUCCUUCGCAGGUGGAUGAACUUUUGAGGAAUCUUAACAGCAUCCUUUCAGAUACUGUCAAAAUGAAGGAGUAUCAAGAAGAUCCUGAAAUGCUAAUGGACCUUAUGUAUAGGAUCGCGAAGGGCUACCAGACGUCACCUGAUCUGCGCUUGACCUGGCUCCAGAACAUGGCUGAAAAGCAUAAUGGCAGGAAGUGCUUCACCGAGUCUGCAAUGUGUCUGGUACAUGCAGCUGCCCUGGUGGCUGAGUACCUCAGCAUGCUGGAGGACCACAAGUACCUGCCUGUGGGCAGCGUCACUUUCCAAAACAUCUCCCCUAACGUUCUAGAAGAGUCGGCAGUGUCAGAUGAUAUCCUGUCCCCAGAUGAGGAUGGAGUGUGUUCAGGGCGGUACUUCACUGAGAACGGGCUGGUGGGGCUUCUCGAGCAGGCUGCAGAACUCUUCAGCAAUGGUGGAUUAUACGAGGCCGUGAAUGAGGUGUAUAAGAUCAUCAUUCCAAUCCUGGAGGCCCAUAGAGAUUUUCGCAAACUGACCACCACUCAUGACAAUCUAAAAAGAGCUUUUGAGAACGUCGUUCAAAAGGGCACUAAGAGGAUGUUCGGGACAUAUUUCCGUGUGGCAUUUUUUGGCUCAAAGUUUGGUGAUCUUGACGAGCGAGAGUUCAUAUACAAAGAGCCAGCAAUCACACAUCUCCCUGAGAUCUCCCACAGACUAGAAAAUUUCUACAGACAAUGUUUGGGAGACGAUGUUCUGGAAAUGAUCAAGGAUUCCACACCUGUAGACCGAAACAAACUGAAUCCUAACAAGGCAUAUAUUCAGAUUACGUAUGUGGAGCCGUACUUUGACGACUAUGAGAUGAAAGACCGCAUGACCAACUUUGAAAAGAACUUCAACCUGCGCCGGUUCAUGUACACCACGCCGUUCACGAAGAGCGGAAGGCCUCGAGGAGAGCUCAACGAGCAGUACAAGAGGAAAACCAUCCUCACCACACAGCAUGCUUUUCCUUAUGUGAAGACCCGAAUCAACGUCAUUCAGAAGGAGGAGUUCGACCUCACUCCGAUCGAGGUGGCUAUCGAAGACAUGCAGAACAAAACCCGCGAGCUGGCUAUCGCCACGCAUAAAGAGAAACCUGACCCUAAGAUGCUGCAGAUGGUUUUGCAGGGUUCGGUAACAGCUACAGUUAACCAGGGACCAUUAGAGGUAGCCCAGGUCUUUUUGAAUGAAAUCCCCGCAGACCCCAAACUCUACCGUCAUCACAACAAACUGCGUCUGUGUUUCAAAGAGUUCAUCCUACGAUGUGGCGAGGCAGUUGAGAAGAACAAGCACCUGAUCACACCAGACCAGCGAGAGUAUCAGCAGGAGCUGAAAAAGAACUACAAUAAAUUAAGGGAGAACCUGAGGCCCAUGCUGGAGAGGAAGAUCCCAGAACUCUACAAGCCCAUUGUCAAACCCCGUCUGGAGAACAGGGACUCAUUGAAACGACACAGCUUCCGGCGGAUUCAGGAGGACGGUUCAUGAGAAUGGAGGAAAUGAGAGGAAAAAGUUCUCAAAAAGAGAGAGGGAAGAUGUUUCACAAUUUGGAGUGAAAGAGCAGCUCCGCUGGCGACUUGAUGCCGCAAGCAGAGAUUCAUGUACAGUAUUAGUUUAUGUUGAAAUCAUGAUAUUAUAUAUAAGUUGUAUAAAAUGAUAAUGAACGUUGCCAUAACGUUGACAGUACGUUGUUUUGCUGUCCCCCGACAUUUUGUUUUGAUUUGCAGUCAUCCUGCUUUUACUGUAGGUAUUAUUUUAGCUUGUAGGGAUUUGUAGUUUGGACUUACGUUUAAAUACUUGAUAGAACAGAGAAGCACCAAAUUACUGUUUUUUUGCAUAAAAUCUGCAAGUUAUAAAUGCAUUUAUAACAGUUUAGUAUAAUUACUGGUACAUGUACAGCACUGUAGAUUAUAUACAAAAAUUGUUGCAAAAAUUGGGUUUGAAUCAUCAUCAAACAAGAUCACGCAGUCAUGGAGAAAAAGAAAGUGCACCCUCCAUCAAAUCUUUUCAAUUGUAUGGUCCUCAAUCUGUAAACAAACAAAUAACUUCUGGUGACAAAAAAAACCCAUACAUUUUAUAACGUUAGUCAUUUUUUAAAAAAGUUUAGAAUUCAGAAUAGUUGAUUUUUUUUAUUUAGGUCCUGAUAAAUAAAAGAAAAAACUACAUUGAAGGAGGGUGUACUGUCUUUUUCUUUUACUGUACAGAGUAACGAUUUUGGGGUGAAAUAACUUGCAAAUCUUCAUACACAAAAAUAUACAUGAUCUACAGAUAUCAUAUAUAUUUACAUUUAACAUUCUAUUAUAUAUCAUUUAAAGAUGAUGGUUCAAACAACUGAAUGAAUGGAGUGAGGCUAAACAGAGACAUCUUGCAUAAACCAGAGAAAAAAAAAAGGCCUCAUGCAGAGUAUGAUGUGUGUGUGUGUGUGUGUGUGUGUGUGUGUGUGUGUGUGUGUGUGUGUGUGGAGCUGAUGAGAGGAGUUUCUCACGAUGCUUCAGAGCCAAGCCAGUGAUGUGAAAUGACUGGAAUUUUGUGUACAUGAUGCUGCACAGAAACAGAACUUUUUACAAUGCUGGAAAUUUCUAAAAAAAAAUUUGAACACGAUGUACUGAAAUUCUUCAACAUCACUGCACCAACUGUCUUUAUUUAGCUGCAUUUUUAACUGCUUGUGAAAAUCAUGUCUAUAUACAAGAUUUACAAACUUGCCCUGGUUACAUUGGACACCGUUUUUUUUUUUUAAUUAUUAUUAUUCAUGCUUUCGCUGCAAUAAUAUAUAUUUUUAGCAGAGAUAUAUGAAAUAGAUGUAUAUAUGUUCUACUUUAUUUAUAGCAAGAUGUCGUUUAGAUUCUAACUGGUACAAGCAGCUGGAGUUUGACAAUUCACGUUAUCUUUACACUUUUUUUUAAUAGAAUAUCAUCAAUGAAAUAAGUCAACAGGGAUUUAAAAAGAUAAAGUACAGUGAGUGGUUUACAGAAGAUAUGAAUGGAGCCUCUAAUCAUUGUUUGUUUUGAUUAUUUUCUGUAUUUUUAUUAACCUGAUGUGUCAUUAAACGAUCCUAUUGGAUUUUUGUUUCAAUUUUUUCCCCGUGUCUAUUCUGAAAAGUUGCUCAUAGUUGUCAGUUGGUCGUAGACGACCCUGCAGAUUGGACUUUGUCCAUUAUUCUGUAAAAGUAACCUGUUUACUUCUAAACAUCAUCCUACUUUCUGUUACACGUGUUGCUGCUCCUAACACUGUGAGAACUGUACGACCUUUAGUGUGUUUCUCCAGCAAAAUGUGGAUGUACAUUUAUUUUGUAUCAUAAUAUUACAAAGCAUUCAAUAAAAAAAAGAUAUAAUUGUAA